AUGGACGUGGAUUUGGUAUCGUCCUACGCGGGGCUUUUGGGGCUUGCCGUCGUCUCGAUCUAUGCCGGUGCAUUUGGCUCCCUUUCUACUCCCAAACGAUCGAACAGCUCGGCUCAAAGCCUCGUGCUAGAUGAUGAGGACGAGGACGAGGACGACGGCGUUGACCGCCUGUCCUCUGAAGAUGCUUGGCUCUUCCCUGUGCUUGGCUCCGUGACCCUCUUUGGCCUUUACCUUGUCGUCAAAUAUUUGGGAAAAGAAUGGAUCAAUUGGCUGCUUGGAUGGUAUUUCUCAAUUGCGGGUGUCGGUAGCGUGUGGAAGUCUUUGACUUCGUUGGUACGGUUCAGUCUUGGGCGUGAGCGAUGGAAUAAGUACGAAAAGAAUCGUGUUCUAUUUCUGCGUGGCCCUCGGGAGAUCAUGGCUUUCUCUUGGAGGACACCAUCCCUUGUCCUCUUUCCCUUUGGAGCACUCCCGUCUAUACUGUACACAUUCAGCGGGUCUUCCAAGAAGUCUGCACUCUUAACAGACAUACUCUCACUUUCAUUUUCCCACAACGCACUAUCACUGCUGAAAAUCGACUCCUUCAAGACUGGCACCAUCCUUUUAUCCGGACUAUUUGUCUACGAUAUAUGGUGGGUAUUUGGCACUGAAGUGAUGGUCAAAGUGGCCACCAACCUCGAUAUCCCGAUCAAAUUACUGUGGCCGAAGUCGAUCGUGUUCUCCACCGACAGAGGAUUUACGAUGCUCGGCCUGGGAGAUGUCGUUAUACCUGGUGUUUUCGUUGCACUUGCUCUCCGCUAUGACCACCACCGUCAUAUCUCCUCACCAGGCAGCUCGUUCACCAAACCCUACUUCUAUGCCACCCUCGCGGCGUAUAUUGCUGGGCUGGCCACUACUAUGUCCGUAAUGCAUGUCUUUAAGGCUGCACAGCCCGCUCUGCUUUACCUCAGCCCUGCGUGCAUUCUGUCAUUUGUCCUGACUGCUUCUAUCCGAGGAGAAUUGGCGGACGCCUGGAAAUGGAGCGACGUGCCUCCCGAAUCGCCUGAUAAGCUGAAGGAAAUCUUGGAGAAUGAAAAAACUACACACAAAGAUUCCGCACUUCCUCCUGCGGAGACAAAUCUUCUAGAGGUCCCUGCACCCCAGGUUGAUGCUUUUGCUUCGGAGACUGACGGGGAGGAGGGCGCUGAGGGAGAAAAGGCGAAAGCGAAGAAGAGAAAAAACAAGAAGAAGCGUAAUUAGCUAGAGAGGUAUGUCGUGAGGAUGAUCACAGCUCUAUCAUGUGCUUACGAGUUGCAUCCAAGCUUCACUAUACCUCUCUCAGGAAUCCGAUAUCUUUUGUAUUGUCUCUGCUUGGUACUGCCACUGAGAUCCUCUUGCUAAUAUUAAUCUAUUGAUUCGCCAAUG